AUGGCGACGCCUGCGCUCCUCACUGCGCACGACUGCACUGGACAUAUUCACCUGAUCAUCGGCUCAGGUCCGCUUGCUGCCUCACGAUGCGCGAGAUCGGUCCAAGUUGGGGCACACCCAGUAGUAAUAGCGCCUGCGAAUGCUGCUGUGCACUACAGCCUAGCCCAGUCGAUCGAAGAGGGUGUUGUAAGGUGGGUUCAGGAAGACUUCAGAGAUGAGCAUUUACGCACGCUCGGGCGCGCCGAAGUCGAAGGCUACCCUGAUGCCGUUUUCGUGACAACGAUGUCGAGCGAUCCUCUCCGAGCGACCAUCUCACAGCUGUGCAAGAGGUGGAGAAUACCAGUCAACGUUGUCGAUGCCCCGGCACUGUGUACUUUUACCCUACUUUCGACGCACACCGACGGACCUCUUCAGGUUGGCAUUACUACCUCAGGCCGAGGCUGUAAGCUCUCCUCACGAAUACGGCGCGAGAUUGCUGCUGAGCUUCCUCCAAACUUCGGUGUUGCAGUUGAACGACUUGGCACAAUGAGGAAGAGAAUAUGGGAUGAAGAUUACAAAAUGCAGGCACACGAGGCUGUCAAACCUGAACCAGAGAUUGAAGAUGAGGAAGCGGCGCAGAAACACACAUUCAAUAAUCUCGUGAAGGAAGACGACACGUCCGCCGCUACUCUCCGCACCCGCCGCAUGCGCUGGCUUUCUCAGAUUUGCGAAUACUGGCCACUCUCACGACUAGCCGCUAUAACCGACGGAGACGUCAACGCUAUCCUCGCAGCCUAUACUGCUCCUACGGAGGUUGCUACUCCGCCGACCGAUACUUCCAUCCUACCGAGACCACCCCAGCGGAAAGGUGUGAUUACUCUCGCAGGUUCAGGACCAGGCCACCCUGGUCUACUCACUCGAGCUGCACAUACUGCUAUCGAGACGGCGGACUUCAUCCUUGCCGAUAAGCUCGUACCGGCCGAGAUCCUGGCCUUGAUUCCAAGGAGAACUCCCGUGCAUAUAGCUCGGAAAUUCCCAGGCAACGCAGAUGCGGCACAAGAAGAGAUGCUGCAGCUGGGCCUUGCGGCUUUGGCACAGGGGAAGCAUGUUCUGCGGCUGAAGCAAGGCGAUCCAUACCUGUAUGGUCGUGGUGCUGAAGAAGUCGCCUUCUUUCGUGGCCAUAGGUACCAGAUUCGGGUCAUUCCCGGCGUCACGAGUGCCUUAUCGGCUCCUUUGUUCGCCGAGAUUCCAGUCACUCAUCGGGCGGUGGCGGAUGAGCUGGUGGUUUGCACUGGUACAGGAAGGAAGGGUGCCGCUCCUGUACCGCCUAGCUACAAGGCCAGCAAGACCGUCGUGUUCUUGAUGGCACUGCACCGGGUGCAAAGUCUGAUCGAAUCGCUAGUGGACAACAACUCCAUGGGCGAGCCAAAUGGAGAGGCCCAGCAGGAUUCGCGCACACGGUGGCCUGCAAGUACGCCUUGCGCGGUGAUCGAAAGAGCAAGCUGUCCAGAUCAGAGAGUGAUCAGAACUACACUGGAGCACGUCUGCCAAGCAAUUGAAGAUGAAGGCUCGCGCCCACCUGGUCUGCUGGUCGUUGGCAAGGCCUGCGAAGUCUUGCACAAGCCCGCCGAGGGGAGGAGAUGGGUGAUCGAGGAAGGGUUUAGAGCAUUAGAUGAUGUUACAUCUCCCGACACUACUCUAGACAUGAUCAAGGAAUUAGGUCAUGAUUGGAAAACAACAGCCAUGAAAGACACGACGAUACCCCACGUGCAAGCCGUAGGGCCUGACCCCGGGCCGGCUAGCGCCGUAUAG